GCACAUAUAAAAGCAGCUUUGGAUACUCGGCGGUUUGCAGAUACUUUUUUGGUACCUACGAGGACGAACGAGAAACGGUUAGGUUUAGUUGCAGCGUGGAAGAAAUCGAAAGAAGUUUUGGGUUUUUGUGCUUUUUAUUGUUGUGUGCAUUUUGUGGGAGAAUACGAAAGUGAGUGGUAUUUUCUAUACAUACAUACACUCAUACAUGCAUAUAUCACUAGAAAUAGAAAUUGGAAAUUAAAAUCUGAAUUAAAAUUAAAAUAUAAAGCUUUCAACCAGGAAGGAAUCAAAAAAGUGAAAUGAAUUUCGCAAUACGCUUGACUGCCCUAUUGGGCCUCAUUAGCAGUGUGUUUGUGAUAGUGAAUACCCAGCAACAGAACGUUGAUCCCGCUUAUCUCCGUCAAUACUACCAACAGUUACAGCAGCAGCAACACCAAAAACAAGGCGGCGACGCCACGCCAAUUUAUGAACAAAAUUCGGAGCAAUCACAGCAAUAUGUAGCGCAAGGCCAGCAGUACCACCUUAAGGAUACCGUGCGCGAGCAGGUCCAGGCACAACAACAGCACCAACACCAAGGUGGCGGUUAUGUGGCACCCGUGGCACGAGAUUACGCACAACAUCAGCCACAAGUCCAACAGGUGCAAUACCAGCAGCAACAAUAUCGUCCCCAGCCGCAGGCCGUUAGCCCACCGCGUCACUCACAGCCCCAGUAUCAACCACAGAAGGCCAAAUUGCAGCAACAGCGCCCACAACAACAAAUUGAUGAGGAAGAGUACGAUGAUCAAAACUCUUCUUACCAAUUUGGCUUCGAUGUAAAAGAUGACGAGUUCACCAACUAUCAGAAUCGCAAGGAGAUACGUGAUGGUUCCGUGAUCAAAGGCAGCUAUUCGGUGGUAGAUUCAGAUGGGUUCAUACGCACCGUUAAAUACACAGCCGACCCGAAAGAGGGCUUCAAAGCCGAAGUGAUUCGGGAACCCACCGAUAUUGUUGUGAAAAUACCAACACCAGCUCCUCAGCAGUUAGUGCGCCAAACUCACAAAUCUCAAGACUACGCGCUAAAGCCCUCGCAGCAAUACCAUCAACCCCAGCAGCAGCAGUAUCAUCACCCACAGCAAUACCAGCAAUAGAUAAGAGUUUGAGGGGAACGCUAAGAGGAACUGAGAAGACAAAAACUGUUGCACGCAGAUAUGCAUAAAGUCGAUUUUGGUAGUCCAUUUGACUAUAUUGCGGCGACGAUCCGGAUGCGACCUCUACAAGUUGUGUUCGGUGCGAUAAUAAUAUAUAUUUUCAUUUUUCAUCAUAGGUUAUAUAUUUAAAUCAUCCUUUGCUCCAACAUUAUACAAAUGCACGAGAUGUAAAUUCAAAUGCAUAUAGAAUUUUUU